CCUUUGCUCGCCCGCCCGCUGCUGGGUGGGCGGCAGUCACGACAGAGAGUGUGGUCAUCCGGCUAGGUGGCCGCGGGCGCGGCGGGGACGAGAGCGCCCGCGAGGUGGGCAGGGCCCGGGGCGGGGGCGAGGCCGGAGGAGGGCACGUCGGCUCUUGGCGAGGAUGGGAGUCCCCGGCACCCGCUGUUGAGCCAGCGCUCCGCGAACCGGGCGCACUGGAGGAAGGCGAGCCUGCUGUUCCUCCGGGGGCCCAACACCGUUCCCGCGUGGCCAUCAUGAUCCCCCCGAGCGAUGCCCGCGAGGACAGCGUGGACGGGCUGCCCAAGGAGCCUGCGAGCGCACAGCAGCCACCGCCGUCUCCCGCAUCCACCAGCAGCCAGGAAUCCAAGCUCCAGAAACUAAAACGAUCACUUUCUUUCAAGACCAAGAGUUUACGCAGCAAAAGUGCCGACAACUUCUUCCAGCAAACCAACAGCGAUGUGAAGCUGCAUGCGGACGUGUUGAAUGAGGUCAGCCCCAGCUCCAGCCCACUGCCUGCUCUGGGAAGUCUCUCCUCCCCUCCCACCAGGGCAGGCCUGCACCCAAGCAGCGGAAAAGCCCAUGCCUUCCAGGAGCACAUCUUCAAGAAACCCACUUUCUGUGAUGUCUGCAACCACAUGAUCGUGGAUGACUGUCUUCAUUUUCCAAACACCAUUGUCAACUCACAAAAUUCCAGAGCCUACAAUAUACUGAACGUUCCCUCUCACCCAAGAACCAAUGCUAAGCAUGGACUACGCUGCAAAGCCUGUAAGAUGAGCAUCCACCACAAGUGCACGGAUGGCCUGGUGCCCCAGCGGUGCAUGGGCAAGCUGCCAAAGGGAUUUCGGCGUUACUACAGCUCCCCAUUGCUCAUCCAAGAGCAGUUUGGAUGCAUUAAAGAAGUUAUGCCCAUUGCCUGUGGCAAUAAGGUGGACCCUGUCUACGAGACCCUCCGCUUCGGCACCUCCCUGGCCCAGAGAAUGAAGAAGGGCAGUUCGGGCAGCGGCUCUGACUCACCCCACAGAACCUCUACUUCCGACCUCGUGGAGGUUCCUGAAGAGGCUGAUGGGCCAGCAAGCGGGUACGACCUGAGACAACGCAGCAACAGUGUGUUUACAUAUCCAGAAAACGGCACCGAUGAUUUCAGAGACCAAGCAAAGAACAUUAACCACCAGGGACCUCUCUCCAAAGACCCAUUACAGAUGAACACCUAUGUUGCCUUGUACAAGUUUGUACCACAGGAGAAUGAAGAUUUGGAAAUGAGGCCAGGAGACAUGAUUACUCUUCUAGAGGAUUCCAAUGAAGAUUGGUGGAAAGGGAAGAUUGAAAAUAGGAUUGGCUUCUUCCCAGCUAACUUUGUUCAGAGAGUACAACAAAAUGAGAAGAUUUUUAGAUGUGUCAGAACAUUCAUCGGGUGUAAGGAACAGGGGCAGAUAACUCUGAAAGAGAAUCAGAUCUGCGUGUCUUCUGAAGAUGAGCAAGAUGGCUUCGUGAGGGUCCUCAGUGGGAAGAAGAGAGGCCUUGUCCCCCUCGACGUCCUAGAAAACAUCUGAUCACUGGCCCUGCCUCCCAUGGCAGCAGGCGAGCUCUGCUGCGAUGCCCUGUGCCUCAUCUCACACUGUGUCACCCAGAGGAGCUGCCACCCUGACCCAGCCCCGCAGGAAACACAGAGACAAGACUGGAGGAUCUGAGACCGUGGGGUAACAGGUUGCUUGAUGUGGGGACGAGGCUGAGCCAGCCUGUGGUAGAGCUGAGUGCUGCGCUUGCACUGUAACACUCAAGUCCUGCCCUUGUGGUAUGGCCCAUAGCUUACCAAGGUGUGGCCCAGGGUGGAGUUCAGGUCCAUGUAAGGCAGUGUUAUUCUGGUUCCAGACCUUUGUCCCCUGUCUGGGCUAAUCAGCAGCAUCACAUCUCACUCAGACCCCAAACUGUCUCUGCACAGAAUGUCAGGAAGACCUACUUCCAACCACCCCUGCCCCUGGAACUACACUGCCCUCUCCCAGGCCUCCCACUUUGUGACUGUGCUGUACGGAGUAGCCAGCUUCUGUCUUGGUCUUCAGUCCUGUUGUGUUGCACACGUGAGGGCUGACUGACACAGCACCAAAGAUCUGCCCAGGCCCCAAAUGUGUGGGCAAGUUGUCCUUCCUGCUGCUCAGCUCAUCCACGGGGGGGCAGGGGAGACCGAGGAAU